AUGGGGGACGCAAUGACGGAAUCCGGCUUAGAGCCUAAAGAACAACCUGAUGCAGAUUUGAAUGAACGUGAUAAGAAAACAGCAGAACGAGAUGAAGAUGAUGGUUUACAUUUGAUAAAAGAUGAGAAAAGCAGUGACAGUGAUGCUCACAGUGACGACCUUAGUUCUAAUAAUGAACAAAGUAAUGCAAUCAUUAGUAAUAACUCUCAGUUUUAUGAGAGUAGUGAUAGUAAAAUAGACUAUGCGGUAAAAAUAGAUGACAAUGAUACGCUUAGUGACAUUGACGAUAUCAAAACGGACAGUGCUUCAGCUGAUAGUGAAGAUUCUGCUCUUGGCAGUCUGCCGCCGGAUAGUAAUCUUAACGAUAGGGAAGAGGAAGCUCAAGAAAGGGCAGAAGGAAGCGAUUCAGGUCUUGGGUCAGAAUCUAUUGAUGACUUAAAAAUGCCUAGCUUUAACAUAACACUACCAUGCACAACUAGUUUAAAAAAUUCCAACUCAUCAGGAAUACCAGAGCACAACUCUAAUUCUAGCAGUAGCAGUAGUAAUUCAAACAGUGUGGAUAAAGGCCAUAUUCCUUUAGCACAAGUGAAGGUACCAACUAAAAGCAAUCUUAAGAGGAAAUGUAGUGAAGAUAACACAACUGAACCACCGCCUAAAAAACGAAAGGAGAGCAUUCGGUUUGAUAAUGUGACUGUGUUUUACUUUCCUAGAGCUCAAGGUUUUUCAUGCGUUCCAUCACAAGGUGGUUCAACACUAGGAAUGGAAUGGGAGCAUUCUCAUAUACAGAAUUUCACUUUAGCAGAACAUGCUUUAGAACAGAGGAGACUACAUAGACAAAUAUUGCAGCAACUAAAAAGUGAGCGUCAUACUUUGCAAGGCGCAUCGUUAUCCUCUAGUGAGGACAGUGACACAGAAGAAGAGGCGAGUGAUAUUUCUGAAUCAGAAUUAGAUUUAGAUAAUUACUUUUUUCUGCAACCCGUUCCAACCAGACAAAGGCGAGCGCUAUUACGAGCUGCAGGUGUAAGGAAAAUAGAAGGUUAUGAAAAAGAUGAAUGUAGAGAUAUAAGAACCUCUCGGGAAUUUUGUGGUUGCGCUUGCAAAGGAACCUGCAACCCGGAAACUUGUUCAUGCAGUUUGGCUGGCAUAAAAUGCCAAGUAGACAGAUUAAAUUUUCCUUGUGGUUGUACUAGAGAUGGAUGCGCCAACACUACAGGUCGGAUAGAAUUUAAUCCUGUUAGAGUAAGGACACAUUUCAUACAGACUCUUAUGAGAAUAGGCAUUGAAAAGAAAAACGAAGAACACCAAGAAGCUCUUAGGAGACAGUGGCUAGAGGUCCAUAAUAGUAAUUCUGCAUCGUGUUCUUCUAACUCGUCAUACGAGAGAGAACGCUGUCUUAGUCACGAAGAUGGAAUGUUGCGUGAUGUAAGCCUGACUCCCAGAGUGGAAGUCGAAUCUUGUGUCAACACAGGCAGUUUUAGUAAUGUUCAUUGUGAUAUGAAUAAUUCUUCAAUGCAAAGUAACAUGCCAGAUAAUAUCUCAUAUGGUUAUAGAACUGACUCCUCCAACCAUAAUAAUAGUGGUAACACCAUGCAUUAUGAAAAUACAAAUAACCAUCACAAUCACAGUGGCGCUUACACAUCGAACAUACUACAAGGGAAAGGCCCGCCCUACACUGCGGCGAAUACCAUGGGUUUUGAUGCUAUUACUAAUAACAUGCAAAGGUUUCAAUGUGAUUUAAACUAUGCUUAUGAUCAGCAAGCUGAAAAUCAUCACUUUAAAGGCUUACAAACCUUUUCCGCAACCAGUUUUGAAGAGUUUGCACACAAUUCCCAGAUGUCUAUGUUUAGUCACUACGGCCAUAUGUAUAUACCAGACUAUUUUAAUAAACCUAAUGCCAACAUACACGAUCAUAAUGCCCUGCAGUAUCAUAGUGCACAACAGAACCACUAUGACAUGUACAAAAACAAUUCAGAGUGUGUAAAUAAUGAACACAAAACUAAUACUCAUUAUACUACUUUAAUGACAUUGCCAUAUCAACCUAAUAAUAAGAUGCAAACUGUAGAUAAUGAUGAAAAUUGGUUCAGUCACAACACGUUACUUAACUUGGAUCAUUCUGACCAGACAACUCAAGAUUCUUCAGACUUACAACCUCAUUCCGCAGGGACCGUAACAGAAAGCAAUAAUGCAGAGACUACGGAAAAUUUUGGUGAACUAAUUAAGAAAACUAUGGUAGAAUCUGUUAUUGUGUAG